AAAAAAAUGGAUAAAAAUAAAGGAUUUUUAGUAGAAUAGAAUAUUUAAAUUGGUUUAACUUUCAACGAUGUGUUAAUGGUUCCUUAAUUUAGUGAUAUAAAAACUAGAAACGAAUGUGUAUUAAAGUCCAGAUUCUCACGUAAUGUCCCUUUAAACAUACCUAUAGUAAGUUCUCCAAUGGACACUGUGACAGAAUUCAAGAUGGCUAAAGAAAUGGCAAGAAAUGGAGGAUUGGGAAUUAUUCACAGAUUCAUGAGUAUAGAAGAACAAGCUUAAUAGGUUGAAAAAGUGAAAAGAGCACAAGCUCACAUAUUAUUUAGUCCUAUAAUAGUAUCAAAGGAAACAAACUUUAAAGAAUUGAAAAUAUUACAAGAAUAAUAUUCAUUUAUGACAUUUUUAGUAAGCGAUAUUGAUGCAGAUGUAUUUUCAAUUGUUGAUAAAAUGAAAUCUCCUUCCAAAAAAAAUAAAAGCUAAGAAAUAAAAAAUUAAUUAGCGGGAAUCAUUACUAAAAGAGAUAUUAGAAAUAUGAAAUCAGAUACUGAUAAAGUAAAAGACUACAUGACUAAGAGAGAUAAAGUUAUUGCUGUAGAGAUGUCUUAGGAUGAUGAAAUGCAUUGGCCUAAUGCUAAUCAUUUUAAAUAAUUAAUGUUUUCUAAUAGAGUUGAAAAAAUCCCUAUUAUUAAUAAUAAAAAUGAAAUUUUAGGAUUAGUUACUUUAAAAGAUAUUAAUAGAUUAGAUACUUCUCCUGUAGCUAAUAGAGAUUAGGAAGGUAAAUUAUAUGUAGGGGCAGCUGUAGGAGCAAAAGAUGACCAUAUGGAACGUGCUAAAGCUUUAAUUGAUGCCGGAGUUGAUGUUUUGGUUGUUGAUGUAGCCAAUGGACAUUCGUAAUUAUGUAUUGAUGUCGUAAAAUAAUUAAAAGAAGCUUACAAUGUUGAUAUAGUAGCAGGUUCUAUUGCAACAGGUGAAGGUGCUGAACAUUUAAUAAAAGCCGGAGCUGAUGGUAUCCGUUGUGGAAUAGGAAAUGGUAGUAUAUGUAUUACUAGAAUAGUUUCAGGAUGUGGAGUUCCAUAAUUUUCAGCAUUAUGUGAUGUUGCUCCAGUUUGUUAGAAAUAUGAUAUUCCUUUAAUAUCUGAUGGAGGCAAUAAAUAUGCAGGAAAUAUGUGCAAAGCAUUAGCCGUAGGUGCUGAUUGUGUGAUGUUGGGAAGAUUAGUAGGCGGUUGUGAAGAAUCACCUUCAUAAAUGAUUUAUAAAGAAGGAAAAUUACAAAAAGUCUUUAGAGGAAUGGCUGGAUAUGGUGCUAAUUUAGCCAAAGCAUAAAGAUUAGGGGCUUAAGAGCCUAAUAGUUACAAAUUUAACCCUGAAGGAGUUGAAGGAUAUAUUCCUUUCGCAGGACCAUUAGAAGGAGUACUUAAUUAAUUCACUGGUGGUAUUAGAAGUGGAAUGAGUUAUAAUGGGGCUAGAAGUAUUAAAGAAUUAUAAUAAAAAGUUAAGUUUAUUAGAAUUACUUAGUCUGGUUUUCUUGAAUCCGGAGUUCAUUCUAUUAAGGAAUUUUGAUAGUUUAUUUUUAUAUCUUAUGUGUGCUUGUUUUUUUUUAUUAAAAAUUGAUUUU